AUGUUUUCUCUGAGAUUCUCCAACUCAGCUAAGCUCAUCGACUCCAUAACUACACUGCAAAUUCGAGUCUUUUCCCGCGAGCCAUUCCCCAACAAAGUCCAGCAUUACCUUUACCGAGCAAACCUCAUCGACUCCAUCCGUCUCAGCCUCCGCUCCACAACCUCCGAGAACGAUCUGACUUCUCUUUUAAACCACCGUCUUCUCGAUUCCUUUGUCGCGAAGAACGCUUUACGCUCAUCUCCUUCCCUCGCUUCCGCUUGGUCUAUCUUCAAAACCCUCGGCAAAAAAAAUCCUCACUUUUCAUAUGAAAAUGAGACACUUCACGCCUUUGCCACUGUUCUCGCAAAGUUCCAGCGAUCUUCAGAGCUUAAGUCUCUUAUCGGACUUGUCAAUGCUGGGAAAUUCGGCCAGGUUCAGUUCAGCUUUAUGAACCUCAUGAACUUGUACGCGACUGCUGGUGAUUUUGACUCUGUUCUCAAGACGUGGGACGAGUAUAGAUGCUCAGGAGAGGAGGAGAAGAAAGGCUGCACUGAGUCCUAUAACAUUGUGAUGCAAGUUUACAUGCGUUUAGAUCAAGACUAUGAGGCUGUGCAAACUUUUGAUCAGAUGAUUAACGAAGGAGGGAUUCCCAAUUCAAGAACAUUCACGAUUAUGAUUGAGCAUCUGGUGAAACUGGGUGAUCUUGAUGCAGCCAUGAAUGUUUUCAAGACCUUGCCUUUGAUGAGGAUCACGCGGACUCUGAAGCAUUACUCGGUUCUCAUUGAAGCGUUUGUUGGCGCGCAACGGUUCGGUGAAGUCAAAGCUCUGCUUGCUGAGAUGAAGGCUGAUGGGAAAUUCCCAAGUAGACGCAUGCUUGAGCCUCUGAAAUGCAUGAGAGAGGCUGGAUUUGAGCAAGAAACUGAAGAGUUCUUGCGAGAAAUGUUGCCUGAUGAGAGAAUCAAAGACAUUUCUAUCUACUCUAUGGACAGUCACAGCGAUAGCGAAGAGGACGAAGGAGAUGAUGACAAAGAUGAAGGUCAAGUUAAGUUGAAGCCAUGGCUGGACCCAAAAGCUUUAGCGAAUUCGUUAAAGAAGUGGAGCUCUGAUGUAGUCACUACUUUAGAAGAAGCUAACUUUGUGUGGACAAAUCUUUUGGUCUGCAAGAUGCUAAGAAACUUCAGAUCAGCUGAAACAGCAUGGAGUUUCUUCUGCUGGGUAGCGACUCAACCAGGAUUCACACACGACGCUUACACGAUCGAGAGAAUGAUGGCAAUGUUAGCACGCAAUGGCCAAGUUGAAUUAGUCGAUAAGCUCAUCUCGAAAGUGAGGAUGGAAGGGAUCAAACUACCAUUCAGCACCAUCAGAUUGAUCAUUGAUCUCUACGGGGUUUCAAAGAAAGCAGACGCAGCCAUCAAGGUCUUUCGCCAAGACAGGACACUCUGCGGCGGUUCGAUUUCGGAUUUCAACCUCAUGCUGUUGUACUCGUCUCUGUUGAGAACACUGACAAAGUGCAAGAGAACCGCAGAAGCUUUGGAAACGCUAGAAGAGAUGAUUUCGAGCGGAGUUUUGCCGGAUAUCCAGACGUUUUCGGGUUUGAUGUAUCACUUUGCAUUGCAGGGAGAGAUUCAGACAGUUCAGAGACUUUUCUCAAUGGUGAGACAGAUUGGUCUGGAGCCAGAUCCUUACAUGUUGAAGCUUCUUGUUCAAGCUUACUGCAGAUGCGAAAGAUCAGUGCUUGCUUUCAGAGUGUUCCAAGAAAUGAAGGAUUUGAAUCUGAUGCCUGACAGAGAGACGAAAGAGUUGCUUGUGAGGAGUCUGUGGAGAGAAGAGAAGCGAAAAGAGGCGGCUGCGGUUGAAGAGAGCAGCAGCGGCGAGGAAGGGAAUCAUAGUAAUAGCGUUUUGCGUUUGGCGUUGAAGGGUCAUGUUUGGAAUAUUAGUUCUACAGACAUCGCUCGAGUCUACAGUCUCUACCGCGAUUGUGUUCUCAGAGUGACCACUUCGAGUUAA